CUCCCUUGGCGCGGUGUCGUCGGUACGGCAACCAGUUUGGUUGUUCUCCGUCUGGGGAUGUUCGACUUUUGACUUGAGCCACGGAGAAUGGGCACAGGAGACCGGUUACUUGACAUUCUGUGUGGCGUAUGCGGUGACCGUAGUUCCGGAAAACACUACGGCAUCUACAGUUGCGACGGUUGUUCUGGAUUUUUCAAGAGAAGCAUUCAUAAUCAUCGAGAAUAUACCUGCAAAGCACAAGGAGCAUUAAAAGGGCGCUGCCCGAUCGACAAGACUCAUAGAAAUCAAUGUCGGGCUUGUAGGCUAGCAAAGUGUUUUAAGGUCAAGAUGAAUAAAGAAGCAGUACAACAUGAACGUGGACCAAGGAAACCAAAACCACCACAUUCGAUUUUUUCGGAAAAGCAACAACAUCAGCAACAACAGUCACCGAUAGUUACACAAAGGACAGGACUACGUUCAGCUUAUGUUCUCUCACAUCACAGGUUCAGGUGCGAGCAAAGAUUCACCCCUUAUCCUAGACCAAUAGGACUAGCACACAAACCACCAGAAGACUCAACAUCUCCGGUACCUUUAACUCAGCCACAGCACCCUCCUACGACAACAACCCUCUACCAAGCAGCAGCAGCAGCAGCAGCUACAACUGUUUCUCUUGCACCACAACAAUCCCUCUUACAGAUUCUAAUAUCCGCUGAAAAGUGUCAGGAACUAGUAUGGAGUACCAGGUUACAAUCAGAAACGGAAUAUUCGUUAGAACAAACGGAUUCCGAGACGAGGCAUAGUCCGACGGGAACCUUGAAAAUUAUUGGUCCUAGUUGGGAAAUGUUUGAGGAGAUCACCGCCAGGCUUCUUUUCAUGGUUGUGAGAUGGGUCAGAUGUUUGCCACCCUUUCAAGCCCUACCAAAGGACGAUCAAUUACUUUUACUCGAACGAUCCUGGACUCAACUAUUUCUUUUACAUCUUGCUCAAUGGAUGAUACCAUGGGACGUGACGAGUUUACUUGAUGACGAACAAGUUAAAAGUCGACUUCCAGUUAAUGACGUUGCUACCAGUCAAGAGUUGGGUAUGAUUCAGUCAAUAAUAUAUCGUUUCCGGCGUUUAGCACCUGACGUUUACGAACGUAGUUGUAUAAAAGCACUAACACUUUUCAUACCAGAAACAGUUGGACUACAUGUGGUACAACCAAUUGAGAUGCUACAGGAACAGGUGCAAUGUAUCUUAGAUGAUUAUAUGAGAUCAAGAUAUUCGCCACAGGGUAGAGUUUGUAGUCUUAUGUUGUUGGUUGGUUAUUUAAGAAGUGUUUCGUCGAAAACCGUCGAACGUUUGUUCUUUCAUGAGACUAUUGGUGAAAUUCCCAUAUCACGUUUAUUGGUUAACAUGUAUGAAAUGGAGGAAAGGCAAAUCGAAGUGCAGUAAUUUUUAAAUUAAUUUAAUCUAAUUGGUUCUGAUCAUUUAAUUGCAUAUAUUCAUUAAAAUAACUUAUGUAUACAUACGCACACACACACACAAACA